UCCACCGUGGUCGCUGUCGUGAGAAAACGCACCGCGGGAGACGCAACACUACGCACGUACGUACCUAUGUACGCACGUAUGUAUUAAACGGAGAAAGAGAGACAGAGAAAGUGAGAGAGAGAGAGAGAGAGAGAGAGAGAGAGAGAGAGAGAGAGAGACAGACAGAAAGAGAGAAAAGAAGAGACAUCGAGACAGGGAGAGAGAGAAAGAGAGAAAGAGAGAGUGUAAAGGGAGAGGGUGGGUCCUCGUUAGCCACAACUACAACGUAGAUAUCUAUAGGAGGAUAUAUAGAAGUUGACGCAAAGCUGCAGGAAAAAGCACAGCUUGCGCACUGUUGCUCUCCGCGCGCGUUUAUCAAGCUCUCCGCAAGUGGUGCGCGCGCGACCGUGUCGAAGCGAAAGCAGUUGAGAGACCUCGAGUGUCCAGUGUGUUUACGUCGCCCAUUCUCCUUCGUGUUCUUGAUUGUUAUUGUCGUCGUCGUUGUCAUUGUCGUCGUCGUCGUCGUCGUCAUCGUCUCGUUAUCGGCAACGUGUUUUCUUCUCCAUUGUCUUCGCGUGAGUUCCUUUUUGUCUUUAUUUAUUUAUGUCUAACGAGUAUUUGGAGAAUCCUACUGGCUAAUUUAAGUCUCGUGUUAUAUCGUUUGGAAGAAGAGAUUAUUUGUUUAUGAAUAUUAAUUUAGAGUGCAGAAAAACACGAGUGAUCAGCUGACGGAGAAGAAAGCAGAGCAGCUUGAAAUGAAGUUUCUUUGAUCAUUCAUAAAAUUCGUGAAUCCGAUCGUCGUGCUCGUCGUCGUCGUCCUCGUCUUCGUCUUCGUCCUUGUCAACAUUAUUCGUGCUUUAAUAAAUUCGCAAAUAUAUAUAUAUAUAUACAUAUAUAUGUAUAUAUAUAUAUUAUAUAUUCCUAUAUGAGAGGAUCGUGAAGAAAUAACCUUCUAUUCGGUUUCGUUUUCUUCGUUCUGUGUGUCUCGAGCCUCGCGCUCGUUCGUGCUUCUUGGUGAACGCUCGUGCGGCAAAGUGACUUCCUCAAAGUGCACCGGCAACAAGGCGAUACAGCCUCGCGAACUCAUCGUCAGCAUAAAUGAUAAACGAAGCGAAGGCAUCGAGUUGAGAACGAUUGCCGACGUCUCUGGUGUCAGUCACAAUAGCUCCGUCGAAUACGUGGACGCUAACAAGCAGAUUCUGACCACCAGUCUGACGCGUCACUAUGCUGCAGUGAUGGAGGGUGAAGGCACGUUGGGCCGCGGUCAUUCGAACGGGGGCCGUGGGCUGCGCCGUCAACGGUCCCUCGAAUGGAGAGAACGGCGCGGGUAUGGUCAUAGUGCCCAAUCUAGUAGCGACGACGAAGAAAAAACUCAUCGCGUCGUUGGUCCAGCAACGACUUCAUCUUCUAAUAGGGGAGCUCGAAGUCCUGGACAAGUCUUUGCCUCUAUACUCGCACAACAUUAUGGCGGUGCCGGUGAUCGUUCUUAUCGUACUGGCUCGGACACGGAGGGUGCCGCAACGACGGACAACCCUACAACGCCGUUUCCAACGCCACCACCAACGUUGACGCCGAAUCAUCGACAAGCCUCCCCGUUUCCUCUCGAAAGCACCAACUCUCGGCGGCAUCAUUACAACGGGAGCGUAUCCUCGGACAGAUCUCGCAAUGGAAACGGUGAAACGGUAUAUGCGGCACCAAGCAAAAAGACGAAUACCGGAGGAGGAGGAGGAGGAGGAGGAGGUGGUGGUACCUUAGGUCGAAGAACACGUCGAGGUCACGCAAGCGCCUUGAGUAGUAGCUCAACGGCGAGCGACCGUUCAGAGACCGUCGUCUUUCCCGACGAGCAUUCGCGUAUACACCUUGGCAAUGGUCUCUCCAGGCCUAUUUACUUCACAGACACUGGAAGAGAUUCUCCUCCGGAACCAGCGCCACCGGAAGUACCUCCUCGUGGUCCAUCUUUACACGCAACGCACACCCUACGUACUCAACAAACUCGAAACGGAUGUCCUCCAAAUGCUAGUGGAAAUUUCACCGUACCAACGGAUCAGAUACCGUCGGAAACUUAUUCGGAGUACUUGAUGUCGGGAAGUCCACGAAGUUAUCCGGCACGAUCCCCCGGGGUAGCUUCCACGCCAACCGUGACCAGACUUCCACCACCGCAACAGCAGGUGACCGUAGGUUCCUUAGGAGGUGGUCUCGGAAGUGGAGCUGGUAAUGGCGGUACCGGGACCGUCGCAGCUCAAAAUCAAGCGAUGGUGAUGCCAGGCUUUCCGCUUCGAGCCGCGGCAGUACCGCAUUACUCUCCUUACUCACCGUCGCGUUUUCACAUCGACAAACGCUGUCAACAUAGAUGCUCUUGGAAAUGUUUCUCCAUCGCCUUGAUAUUACUCGCCGUUGCUCUCACCGGCAUGCUCGCGUAUUUUGCUGCAGUGAGUUCCAUGCGGCCGAUAGACAAUAACAACUGCGUAGUGGUUCAAGAUAUCAAGACUGUCACUCAUGAAAACGCUCACGUUCACGACCCUAUAUCAACUCAGAUACCAACGGAAGAAUCCUUGCCGACCAGUACCGCCGAACAUUCUAGUGCUGCAGACAGUGUUGGGGACCAGCAAAGCGAUCCGCAAAUUCAACAAUCGGCCCAACAAUGGCCAGCCGUGCUCGAGCUUCAAGCUUACAACGUAGCGCACUCGGCUGUUAUACUACCGUACCACUUUUGGAAUACCGAGUUCCGCAACAAGCAACCGGCUUUCAUCAGGUUAAAUCUAACGUUACCUUGGGGUGCGAACUUUGCCGUUUACGGAAGACGAAACGUGGCACCAAGCGUCACGCAGUACGACUUCGUUGAAUUUGUAAAAGGUGGCCGUGUGGAUCACAGACUUAAGAGGGAUGCACCGUCCGAAGCUGUGAGCUUUAUGAAACAGGCAACGCAAGAUUUUGGCAUUGAACCUAACCGAUCUUCGCAAGAGACUGGAACAAAAUCUAUCAAGUCUUAUCAACAUAUUCUCAUAAAAAGAACGAUCGUAGAGCCAAUGAUGGUCAACGUUAGUCUUCUUCAAUAUUUGGACACUGGCCGUUGGUUCUUGUCAGUUUAUAACGAUGAACUUCAACCCUACAAGGUUACGCUGGUCGUCACCGAAGCUGAAGGAGUCUCUACGACUUGUCCUAACGAUUGCUCUGGUAGAGGAUCGUGUUAUCUUGGAAAAUGUGAUUGCAUCGAUGGUUAUCAGGGUGCCGACUGUAGUAAGAGCGUAUGUCCUGUUUUGUGUUCGUCUCACGGCCAGUACGGCGGUGGUAUGUGUCACUGUGAGGAUGGUUGGAAAGGUGCCGAAUGCGACAUACCGUUAGGAGAUUGCCAAGUUCCUGAUUGCAAUCAACAUGGGCAGUGCGUUAGAGGAUCGUGCGUUUGUAAUCCUGGCUGGAAGGGUGCCUUCUGUAACGAACCCGAUUGUCCGGAUCCAAACUGCAGCGGUCAUGGCGCCUGCGUGUCCGGCAAGUGUUACUGCAAGGCAGGCUGGCAGGGUGAACGAUGCAAUCAGGUCGAUCAGCAGGUGUAUCAGUGUCUACCGGGUUGUUCGGACCAUGGCACGUACGACCUCGAGUCUGCCGCGUGCAUCUGCGAGGAACAUUGGACUGGGGUCGAUUGUUCACAACCCAGUUGUGGCCUGGACUGUGGUCCUCAUGGAUCCUGCGAACAGGGUCGCUGCAAAUGUCACGACGAUUGGACUGGAACGAAAUGCGAUCAGAAACCAUGUGAUCCACGUUGUGCCGAACAUGGUCAAUGUAAGAACGGAACUUGCGUGUGUAGUCAAGGAUGGAACGGAAGACAUUGUACUUUGCCUGGAUGCGAGAAUGGUUGCACUAGACACGGACUGUGCACGUUGCAAGACGGCGAGUAUAGUUGCGAAUGCUCGACCGGUUGGGCUGGCAGAGACUGUAGCAUACGACUUGAGAUGGAAUGUAAUGAUUUUGUCGACAAUGAUCAGGAUGGCAUGGUGGACUGUUCCGAUAGCGAAUGUUGCUCGCACGCUACUUGUGCCGAGCAUAUUAUGUGCCUGGCCAGUAAAAAUCCGGUUGAUGUUCUGCUGAGGAAACAACCACCUAGUGUCACUGCAUCGUUUUAUCAACGAGUCAAAUUUCUCGUCGAGGAAAAUAGCGUACAGAGCUACGCUCACAUGGACGAGUAUACGGAAAGUACGUUCUGGAGUUCCUUUACACCGUGUCGUGUUGCGGUGAUGAGAGGCCAAGUUGUAACCGAGCAAGGACUUGGAAUAGUAGGCAUCAGAGUCUCCGUUGACAGGGACUCACGAUUUGGAUUCACCUUGACCAGAGCUGAUGGAUGGUUCGACGUUUUGGUUAAUGGUGGAGGAGCCGUGACAUUGCAAUUUCAACGUAGCCCAUUCAAACCUCUUACGAGGACUGUGUUCGUGCCCUGGAAUCAGAUCGUUGUUUUACCACCCGUCGUGAUGACCCUUAGCAAGGAAGGAGAGCCGUACAAAUCUAAUCAGCCACCUAGUCCAGCAGUCGGCUUCCCAGGGAUUUCCAUGGGGCUCUUUAGCGAGCACGGACCAUGUUUGGAACACGAUCAUGAGACUCUACGUCCAAUCAUCGUUAGCACAUGGAUGCCAGAAAAAGUGGGUGGUUUGCCAGGGAAAAGUCUGGUAUUCGCUGAGAGCCAAAUCGUCCAAGAAAGUAUCGCCAUACCUGGAUCUAAUCUCCAUUUGAUGUAUCAAAGUAGUCAAGCUGCUGGGUACCUUUCUACUGUUAGAAUGCAAUUGACUGGACCAUUUAUUCCAAAAUCUUUAACGCACGUACACGUGCACGUAGAAAUCGAGGGUUCACUUCAUACAAAAACCUAUGAAGCCGACCCCAAUUUGACGCACACUUUCGCAUGGAACAAGAGAAAUGUCUAUAAGCAAAAAGUAUACGGAGUUGCACAAGCAAGAAUUUCAAUCGGUUAUCAACAUUCUACUUGCCCUUCCGUCAUAUGGGAAACUCAAACUGCGAUUUUGCAAGGAUUUGACGUAGACAUUUCCGAUAUCGGUGGUUGGGGACUCGAUAUCCAUCAUCAUUACAACUUCCACGAAGGAAUCCUUCAAAAAGGGGAUGGAUCAACGUUACACUUCAAACAAUAUCCACGUACCGUAAAAGUAGUAAUGGGUACUGGUCUUCAAAGAAGCUUGGUCUGUCAAAACUGUGAUGGUUUGGCCAAAGAUGCUAGACUUUUGACACCGGUAGCUCUUACCAGCGGUCCAGACGGUAGUAUCUACGUCGGUGACUUUAAUCUCGUACGUAGAAUUACACCCGAAGGAAACGUUUAUACCGUUUUAAUUUUAAGUGCAACUCAAGUAGCCUAUCAGUACUAUCUAUGUGUCUCCCCUGCCGACGGACAUCUAUAUAUCAGUGAUCCUGAAAAACAUCAGAUAUUAAAAGCGCUUUCAUUAGAACAAGUUCAGGAUCCUAGCAUCAACAUUGAACCGGUUGUCGGUAGCGGUGAAAGAUGUAUUCCGGGUGACGAGGGUCAUUGCGGAGACGAGGGUCCAGCGAUACGAGCAAAAUUGGCCCACCCAAAAGGUAUCGCGAUUGCUGCCGAUAAAACUAUGUAUAUAGCCGAUGGCACAAACAUACGCGCUGUCGAUCCACAUGGUAUUAUACACACACUGGUUGGACAUCAUGGUCACCACAAUCAUUGGUCACCGGCACCAUGUGUUGGUGCUAUACCUGCUCAUCAAGCUCAAUUGCAAUGGCCGACAGGAUUGACUCUAAGUCCUCUCGAUGGAUCCCUACAUUUCAUUGACGAUAGACUUGUGCUGAAAUUAACCAGUGAUUUAAAAGUACGCGUAGUAGCCGGUACACCUCUUCACUGUACCAGUAAUGCCAACAACAACGGCAAUGCUAACACCAGCGAACUCACCAAAUUAAAUUCGACUAUAGCAACGAAUCUAAAGAAAUCCGAUGACGUUCUUGGUUCGGUUUUAGCCGUUGGUUUUAGCCCAACCGGUGAACUUUACAUAGCCGACAGUGAUUCUCAUCGGGUUAAUUCUAUUAGAAUAGUCGAUUCCUCUGGAAAAAUGUCUCAUUUUGCUGGACAGCAACAGGAACGAUUACGUGGUCAAUGCGAAUGUAAUAAUACGACUCCUAGUACAAAAGAUUUGGAUGCAUGUACUUGCACAGAUGAUACCAGUAGCACGGAGACACUUUUAUCAUCGAAUGCCAAGUUCACUGCCAUAUCAGCCUUAGCAGUAUCUCCUGAUGGCGUUGUUCACGUCGCGGAUCAAGGAAGUUUACAUAUUUUGGCUUUGCAACCAUAUCUUCCGAAUCACGAUGAAAGUGGCGAGUUCCUCAUUCCCUUCCCUCCGUCUAACGAAGUUUACGUGUUCAAUCGUUAUGGUCAGCACAUAUCUACGAAGGACCUAACAUCUGGAAAAACUCGGUAUUCGUUCCUAUACAGUAAAAAUACUAGUUUUGGCAAACUCUCCACUGUAACUGAUAGCGCAGGAAACAAAAUACAAUUUUUACGAGAUUACAGUAGCGUGGUUAGUACAAUUGAAAAUACUCAAGAUCAUAAAUCCGAAUUGAAAAUUUCUGCCGUUGGUUUUCUCGAAAAAUUAUCUGAAAGAGGUAGAGCGGAGAUUGCUCUUGGAUAUGAUGGUUCUACUGGUCUACUCACGAGUCGUUCAGGGGGAGACGAAACCUAUAUUUACAAUUAUGACGGUUUGGGAAGAGUCACUGAUGUAAUCUUACCAACAGGAGAAAAAUUAAAAUUAUCUUCGGAUCUUUCUAACGACGAAGGUCUUUCCGUACAGGUAUCUGCUCCUCUUCAAGCAUUGUCAAAAGGAGAUAAACAAAGAUUUGUAGAAUUUGAAAUGAAGAAUGAGAGAUCUAAAAUGCUUACUAUCACCGAUGGUACGAAAAUUAUGAAAGCAACUUCAUUCACGAACAGUAGUUUGGCAGUAUGUCUUCCUAGUGGUGGAAGAAUAUUAAGUGCAGCGACGACUAAACAUCCUCUGCUUGAAGCCGCUUUGCCGGUGGAAGCAGAAAUGUUACCAAUGUGGAGUUAUCAAGUGAUGUCCCUCGGUGAACUAACAAAUACAAUGACCACCACUUAUAAUCUUGUCGGGGACGUAAGCCACUUUCAACAGACACUUAAUAGAGAGAUCUGGGUAAACGAUACAAGAGUAAUCGCUGUCGAAUUUGAACAAGCAUUCAGGCGAGAAACUUUCUACGACAAAACGAGAACACCUCUAUUGACUGUGAUCUUCGAUCCUGCUGGAUUGCCAUUACUUUGGCAACCUCACGAACAAGGACAUAACCUUAGCAUCACUUACGAUAGAUUUAAUCGUAUAGAAAGUUGGAAAUGGGGUGCAUCGGACGAAUCUUAUGGUUACGAUCGACAUGGCCAAUUGGCAGAUGUCACCAAUAGUCAAGAUGGCACAAAACGAUAUACCUAUAACGACUUCAACAUGCUUUCCAAGAUAACUCUUCCUAGCGACAGACAUUUCUCUUUGGAAUACGACGAUGACGGUGGCCUACGGCAUAUUAUUCUUCCAUCAGGAACGAAACAUUCUUUCUCUUGUCAAGCCUCUCUCGGUUUUCUUCGAGUAACAUAUACACCACCAGGAAGUACUAGAGCGUAUCUUCAACACUACAGUCACGAUGGUAAUCUUCUACAAACUGUAUUUCCUGGCGAUGGCGCACGUAUCGUCUAUAGAUAUCAUACAUCUGGACAAUUGGCUGAAGUCGUUCAUGGUGAUGGAAAAAGUGAAAUAAGGUACACCGAAAGUGGUUUACCUUCUGAAGUCAUACAUUCUGAAAGAGAUGUGGAAUAUAGAUGGGAUUAUCAAUAUAGUGCUGGUCUUCUUGUCGAAGAACGUAUAGAUUUCGGAGCCAAAACCGGACUCAGCAAUGCCAAAUUUACUUUUGAUUAUGAUUCGAACUUCAGAUUGAUCGCUGUACAGGGUAGAAUAGGCGGUCAAACUUUACCACCUCACACCAUGGCUUACAAUCCAAGAACUGGCUUAUUGGAACAGAUAGGUCAAUUUAAAAUAACGAAACCACAAAUAAACGAGACUACGGUUUUCGAUGGCACUGCACUUUUUUCAAGGAUUACCGAUGAUAGAUUCCACGAAACUCAAGUGACAGUAACUAUUCACAGUUUGGAAGUGUUUAGAAUGGAAUUCACGCACGAUUCUCGAGGACGUAUAAAUCAAACCAGGACGUAUACUCGUAACGUUGCUGUUAAUACGUACACCAACGUGAAAAAUUACACAUGGGAUUGCGAUGGACAAUUAACGGGUGUCGAAGCACAAGAACCAUGGGGUUUCAAAUAUGACGGAAAUGGUAAUAUGUUAUCGCUUCGAUAUCGUGGAAACACCAUACCCAUGGAAUACAAUACCAUGGAUAGAAUAAUUAAAUUCGGCGAAGGUCUUUACAAAUACGACAAUAGAGGUCUUGUGGUUCAAAAUGCUAGAGAAGAGAGAUUUAAUUACAACGCUAAAGGUCUAUUAGUACGUGCCACUAAACGUGGCCGAUUCGACGUCCGCUAUUAUUACGAUCAUCUCGAUCGUUUGGCAACGAGAAAAGAUAAUUACGGAAACGUGACUCAAUUCUUUUAUAACAAUCAAAAACGUCCUCACGAAGUCAGCCAAAUAUAUAGUCCACGUGAUGGAAAGCUAAUGUCUUUGGUUUAUGACGAUAGAGGCCAUCUUAUUUAUGCACAAGUUUAUCGACAUAAAUAUUAUAUCGCCACUGAUCAGUGUGGCACGCCUAUAAUGAUUUUCAAUCAAUAUGGCGAAGGCAUAAGAGAAAUCAUGAGAUCCCCAUACGGACACAUUGUGUAUGAUUCGAACCCCUAUUUGUACUUACCUGUUGAUUUUUGUGGCGGAUUGUUGGAUCAGGUAACUUCAUUGGUUCACAUGCCAAAUGGAAAGGUUUACGAUCCUUUGAUAGGCCAAUGGAUGUCUCCUCUUUGGGAAAAUGUCUUGGACAGGAUAGAUACACCAACGCAUCUGCAUCUUUAUAGAUUUAACGGGAACGAUCCGAUCGAUAUCAGGCAUACAGAUAGACCAAAUCAACCCACAGAUCACAUAUCAUGGUUCACACAUCUUGGAUACGAUCUAAAGAGUUUAGCACCUCAAUUAUUCCCUGACGAGCUUCCCGAUAGUUUGGUACCACCGGCUCUUGGUCCAGGUACUUCUAUAUUUGGCAAGAAGAAAAGAACGAGAAAUCUUGGUGUUCAAUCAGGCUUUUUAGCCCACAUUGCUCAAAGACAUUCUGGUGAUGCGAUGAGCCUUUCAGCACCACCACGAUCAGCUCUUAAAAAAGACACUAGUGAACUAAUCCCGAGUCGUUUAGGUGCUGCCUCAGAUCCACCGUUCGGUAAAGGAAUCCUUGUUUCGAGAACAGCCGAUGGACAGGCUGUAGUGUCGAGUGUGCCAACGGCGAACGCUAUUUAUGGUGACGUCUUCACCUCGGUGUUCAAUCGUUCGUAUUUCCUACCGUUCACGUUCGUCGUUCACAGUGCUCAACAAGAUGCUUUUUACUUCGUCAAGGAAGAAACUUGGAGAGCUAGCGAGGAUCGUGGUCAAUUGAAACGUCUCGGUGGACAAGUGAAUACUACUUUCCACGAGAACGAAAAUGGCAGUGGAAGUAGCUCGCUGAUCGACGUGAAGAUACACGGUACCAGCUACGUCGUCAAUUUGCGAUAUGGCACGACAGCCGAGAAAGAAAAGCAACGACUUCUUCAUCACGCAAAAGCAACUGCCAUUCGUAAGGCUUGGCAUAGAGAACGGGAAGCUCUUAAAGCUAACACUCCAACAACGAACGAAUGGAUGGUAGCCGAACAGGACGAGAUAUUGAAAGUUGGUGUAGCCUCGAAUUACGAAGGUGAAUAUAUACAUGAUGCUCAAAUCUAUCCAGAGCUAGCGGAAGAUCCUUACAACAUAAGAUUCGUCAAAAAAGCCGUUGACACUUCAAGUAAGAAACGACGCAGAAGGAGAGGAGCACCAUCUUGCAAGCUUUGGUGGUUGGAUAAAUUUUGCUAGAUCGUCUGGAUCAAUAAAAACGAUAUAUGGCUCUCCUUCCACUGCCCUUCUUUUUAAUGGGUUAAUUACUGUCCAAAAAACUGAUUGCUAUGGUCUCUCUCUUUUGGUAGACGUUACGCGAACGAAUAAAAAGAAAGGCAAUAUGAGCAAAGAAAAAGAGAGAGAAAAACGAAGAGAUAAAGAAUGAAGAAAGAAAUUAUAAAGAGUGUUACUAGAAAGAUGAGAAUUACUGUGACAUAUUAUCCGCAGUGUUCUUUGAUACACACACGUAUAAAGGAAGACAAAAAGAAAAAAAGAGAAAGAGAGAAAGAGAGAGAGAGAGAGAGA